AUGUCGAAGCCAUCUGUUACAAACUUUAGUAAAAGAACAGGGAGCCCCUUUCAGAAGGUAGAUCAAGAAAAAGACGAACAGAAGAUAGUUCACGAAGAAGUCCUACACAAAACAAAUUAUGAAAAGCAAAAGGAAAAAAGUGAAGAGUUAGUUCAAAAAGUUAGUAAGAAAGCAGCUGAAUACCAUUCGAAUAAACCUAGUUCUGGUGUGUUCACUGAAGUAGUGACUCAUGGUGCAUUUACAACUAAGAAGGUUGAGACAGAAAAACCUAAGGAAAAUCAACCAAUUUCAAAGAGUAGUAAUGGGAACUCAAAACCCCUCCUAGGAUUCCCUUCAUCAGCCAACGACUUAGCACUGGACGCAAAAACGGAUCUAGAAUCUGAUCCAAAUAUAUCCAAAGAAGUCAGAGAAAAAGUAAUUGACAAAUUGUUUACUUUAGUAUCAAUGGUGCAACACACCUACGAGUCAAAAGUGAGAAUCAUGACUGAAUUUGAAAGAUUCAAGGACACCCAUCUCAAAAACGACGUGAGAAGAGAAAAAGAACAUUCAGAGCAACUUUAUAAGCUUAAUAUAAAUUUUCAAAGUGAAGUUAUUCAAGCGAUACAACAACUGCGAAGUGAGUUAGAUUUAUCGCGGAAUUUUUCUAGUAAUUUAGAUGAUUCGAAUUUAUUAUCUUUAAAAGAUAGUGAUGUAAAAUUUUCAUCUUCGAGGGAUUGCCAAUCUGUUAACAGUGAUUCCCAAAUCGAAUACAAUGUAAGCUGA